UUGGUUAUGUAGAUGUUCCACAACGUCAGAAAAGUCGAUCAAGCAGUAACUCUUCCACUUCUCGAAUGUCCGGUUCUAUUGUAGUUCAAUCACCUCCAUCUUUACGUAUUCCGAUAAAUCAAACUGAUAGUAGUAGUUUUCCAACGGAUAGACCUCAUCAUCCUGAACCUAUAAGUCCUACUACUACUCAUCCUACUACUCCAAUUCCAACGAUUGAUAUUCCUUCUCUUGAUGAUCGUCCUUUACCUGCUUUAUCUAAAAUUAAUCCUAAUCCUCCUAUACCUACAUCCCCUUUAAGUGAACUUAAUGAUAAUCAACCUGAAGAACUUUCUGAUUUAGCUCGUUCUGCUUUUGAUGUUUCAAUACAAUAUUUUGGAGAAUAUGAUAUUGCUUGUCUUUUAUCGAAAAAGUUUCCUUUACGUGAAUCGGCUUUAGCUAAUGUUACCAAUAGAAUUGAUGUGGAUCAUGGUAAUGGUAAAGAAAUUGAAGGAAAUGAUAAAGUCGGAAUAAUAAAAGCGGCAUUCCAAAUUAUACAAGAAGCUCUGAAUGAUAAUCCUGAGAAGCUUACCUUACAAGCAUUAAAUCUAUGGGAAACACUUACAAAAUUCUGUAUUCAUCAUCAA